ACGCUUCUCUCAAACAUCCAACAUAGAUUCAUCAGCUCAAUAGCAAGAAGUAGUUCUAAACGAGCUAAUUACUCCGAGAAGUCUGUUUCAAAUGUCUAUACAAACAACUGCAGAUUCGAGGAUGAUUCAAUCCAUCUUCCAAGUUGUGCUUGUUAGUCUUCUAGUUCUAGGAUCCGUGAGAUGGAUACUUGAUGAACUCAAGAGCAAAGAAAGUCGAAUAUCCAAACUAUAUGGUUUCAGACAGAAAGAGGCAGUGUUUGUCACUAAAGAGGAUCAGCUUGAUGAGAGCUGCAAUGUCUUUGAAGGACAAUGGGUUUGGGACAAUGUCUCUUAUCCUCUUUAUACAGAGAAGAGCUGUCCUUAUUUAGUCAAACAAACAACAUGUCAACGAAAUGGACGGCCUGAUUCUUAUUACCAGAACUGGAGAUGGAAACCGAGCUCAUGCGACUUGCCAAGGUUCAAUGCUCUGAAACUGUUGGACGUGUUGAGAAACAAAAGACUAAUGUUCAUAGGAGACUCAGUGCAGAGAAGCACGUUCGAGUCAAUGGUCUGUAUGGUGCAAUCAGUAAUUCCUGAGAAGAAGAAGUCCUUCCAUAGGAUUCCUCCUAUGAAGAUCUUCAAAGCUGAGGAAUACAAUGCAUCCAUCGAGUAUUACUGGGCACCUUUCAUCGUGGAAUCGAUUUCAGAUCAUGCAACUAAUCAUACAGUACACAAAAGGUUGGUUAAGCUCGACGCCAUUGAAAAACAUAGCAAGAGCUGGGAAGGGGUUGAUGUUCUAGUCUUUGAGAGCUAUGUAUGGUGGAUGCAUCAACCUAAGAUCAAUGCAACGUAUGGAGAUACCAGUGAAGUCCGAGAGUAUAAUGUGACGACUGCUUAUAAAAUGGCGUUAGAAACAUGGGCCAAGUGGUUUAAGACGAAGAUCAAUUCCGAGAAGCAAAAAGUUUUCUUCACGAGUAUGUCUCCGACUCAUCUAUGGAGCUGGGAGUGGAAUCCAGGGAGCGAUGGAACCUGUUAUGAUGAGUUAUAUCCAAUAGACAAAAGAUCAUAUUGGGGUACAGGAUCAAAUCAAGAAAUCAUGAAGAUUGUUGGUGAUGUUCUAAGCAGAGUUGGAGAAAAUGUCACGUUCCUGAACAUUACGCAACUGUCGGAAUACAGGAAAGAUGGACAUACGACUGUGUAUGGAGAACGGAGAGGGAAGCUCUUGACAAAGGAACAGAGAGCUGAUCCGAAAAACUAUGGAGAUUGCAUCCACUGGUGUUUGCCAGGAGUUCCUGAUACAUGGAAUGAGAUUCUCUAUGCAUAUUUGCUUCGCAGUCACCGCAAUUUCUUCUGAUCCCUUCUUGGGGAGUGUUAAGCUCAAGUUUCUUAAGUUUUAUCAACAAUGGGUUUCAUUUUGUAGCAGAUAUGAGUGCAAGAAAAGAUAGGAUAAUUUUUUUGGUUUAUUC